AGUGGGAGGUCUGUCUGUGGAUCAGCGGUGCGGGAGAUCCAAUACGAAGCGUUUUUGACUCUACUAUUCAUUCCCUUAACGGCGUGAAUAAAGUUGUAAAGAGCACGCGCCUGUUGCUACUUUUCGCUACUUCUGUGAAGUCUCGCGCGUCCUCGCCAGCAAAUCAUCGGGGAUAUCUCGCUCGCUCGCGGCUCUGUCAUUUACUCCCCACCCUGCUCUGCUCCAAAGCACCCACUGAAAACCUGUAAUCUGUCUGACAGUCUACAAUGGACGAGGAUAGCAACUUGUUGCCCGAGUUGAAGGACAUAGAGACAAAAUUGGGUCGAAAAGUCCCGGAUGGUCUCAUCCGUUCACUGGUGGAAGGAAGACGUCAGGACGAGCACGAGAAGUCGACGGCGGCGCACUUAAUGAACUGCAAGUGUUGUACUAAUUCUACGGAUUUGCAAAGGCUGGAGAGCAAAAUGUUAUUUCUGAGACAAGAAAUGGCACAUCUGCGAGCCAUUGACGUGAAACUGAUGCAGCAGCUCAUGUCAAUCAACGAGGGUAUCGAGUCCAUCCGUUGGAUGAUUGAAGACAAAGGAGGCGUGGCCAGCCAAGAGGGUAGCUUGACGGGCAGCUUGUACAGCCUAUCGGACAGCCAAGACGAUACCUCACUGCGAGGCAGCUUCAGCAGCUUGAAUGAUGGUAACAGUGAUGGGCUCGACGGUCUGUCUGUGGGUAGUUACCUGGACACUCUAGCAGAGGACGUCCUGGACAACCCUUCGCCGACAGAUCUGGACUGUUUUGUGGAUAAAACAGUUAUUGACGGUGAUGGUUUCAGCAAAUCGCCACUGAAACUCAGGGUGGAAUCAGAUGAAUACUACUGCUUUGGAUAAUGAUAAAGUGUGUGGUUUCAGAGACUACUGAGACAUUUUGUGAAGAAAGAUUUAAAUAAUAAUGUCAAAUUAACACAGCUGUCAGAUGAUUUGUCCCACAUGCUUCAUAUUUUUCUCAUUAUAGCAACAGCCAAGAUGUUGGCAAGACUUACCAAAUGUCUCAUGUUUUUGUUUUGUUUUUUCCUUGAAACCAGCUUCAUUGUAUUGUGGAUCAAAAAACACCUCAUGAAACCAUUACCACUUAAUGCCACACCAAAUACAAGCUAAAACAUCUUAACAAUUCUUUAUGUCUUAAUAUUUUAUCAUGCAGGUCAGUUAAAUUGAAAAGGUGCUCUAUUAUGUUUAAAGACUGUAUUUAUUGUGGAGUCAUCCAAUACCUCAGCAGUUUGUUUUUCACAAUUAGAGUACUUCCUAGUCUAAAAUUGCUUAAAGAUGAGGUGAAUAAAAGCAGCAGCUUUAGCUGAAUAGCAUUUCCUUCUUCCUUUGUUCUUUUUUAUUUGUGGAAAAUUCAGUUUUGUGUGAGUUCAGCCACAAUCAGCUGAUCUAAGCAAAGGAGUAGAUUAGGCUUUAACAGCCAUUUGGAAAAUUGGAUAUUUCACACUGAGCGAUUCUUGAGGUUAAACUGUUUAAAGUGGCAAAGUGGUAAAUUAAAGUGUUACAACAAGUGCAAUUUUCUUCUAUGCCAAAUUUUAAGCACCACCUACUGUAAAUCUCAAGCUUUUAACUAUUUUGACUUGCAUGUUUUGACUGAUGGAAGCUAAACUGAACCCGACUCUGAAACAGAAGAACUUACAUGUACACAAAAGAGAUUAGUAGCACAUUCAAAGCACAGAUGCUUGACUGAAAACCAAAGUAAUGAUUGUCUUACAGAUAACUUAAGCCUGAGGCAAAAACCUGUUCACACCAGAUGGGAGAUUUUUAGAUGGUGGACAUAUGUGAAACACAUGCUUUAUUUGUGGGCAUGUUUUAAUUCUCUGUUGCCAAAAGAAGGUGUAAAGAGAGCUCCACAUUGCUGUACAUUCAUUUGUUGUUUUAGCUUUAAACUCCUUAUGUUGAUUUGUUUGACAUGUGUAUUUUAUUUUGCCUGCUUUUGGAGAAAAAAAAAAGAUUUUAUUGAUUGCUCUUAAUUUUGUUGUGGAAAUGAAAUAAUAUAUUGUGAUUUUCCUCUUGCUCA